CACUCAAGCUUCGGAUCCUAUGAGCGUUUGCUUUGGCAUUGAUUUCUGGGCCAAGGGAUUCACCCUCAAAUUCUUCCCCUGGGGUGAAGAGUUUGACUCUCCCCUGAGUGUGCUAGCCUGGGGCGGAGGGAACUUCAGCGUCCCCCCAGAAUGUUUUGAUCUUCACUUGACGUCAGAAGAGGAAUGAAAAUUGGUGUGCCUAGAAGCAGAUCUUAAAGGCACCUUCUCUUCAAAACAUCUUUUCCCAUUUCACCUGAUAGGAUUUCAACACAUCAUGGCGGCUGCAGCAGUAAAACGGGUGCUAUCAAACAGAACUAUCUUGAAGCAUUUGUUUCCAAUUCAAAGUAAAAGUGGAAUUUAUGUUUGUCAUAAAUCUACAUAUUCUUCACUUCCAGAUGACUAUAACUGCAAAGUAGAGCUCGCCUUGACCUCUGAUGGCAGAACCAUAGUGUGCUACCACCCUUCUGUGGACAUUCCAUACGAACAUACAAAACCUAUCCCUCGACCAGACCCUGUGCAUAAUCAUGAAGAAACACAUGACCAAGUGCUAAAAACCAAAUUAGAAGUCAAAAGUGAACCCCUUGAGCAAGGACCCAUGAUAGAGCAACUUAGCAAAGUGUUCUUCACUACAAAGCAUCACUGGUAUCCUCGGGGACAGUAUCACAGACGUCGUAAGAAACUGAAUCCUCCAAAAGACAGAUGAUGGAUAUGAGGUUCUCAAGAGAAUCAAGGCACAGUUAUCUUUGUGUCUCUAUUGGUAAUUGAGAAAAUGUGGUCUGGUGCACUCAGUAGACCAUGUAGUAAAAGAAUAGAGUAUGUCUUGAAAAUCAAAA